AUGUCUAUCUCUCCUUUCGAAUGGCCGCUCUGGUGGCGCAUAUGCGUUCUGCUGAAUGUCAGCUUCUACAAUCUCCUUGGGAAUGCCUGGGCCGCUGGUCUUUCUCCCGUUUUUGGGUUGAUCAUUCAGGAGCUACACUGCACGCAAGACCAGGCCUCCAACUUGCCAACGUAUGCUCUGCUGGCUCUUGGGCUCUCUAAUCUCUUCGCUCUCCCGUUGUCAUUACUCAUCGGAAAGCGCUACACCGUCCUCGGUUCGCUCGUUAUCUUUAUCGCCUGUAACAUUUGGUCCGGCGAAGCCACUGACUACUACUCCCUUCGAAACUCACGCAUCGUUGGUGGAUUGGCUGGUGGUCUCGUCGAGGCUCUUGGUCCCAUCAUCGUAGCUGAGACGUUUCCCACGCAUCAGCUCGGAAGAGCCAUGGUCGUCUACGUUGGCUUCCUCGCUGCUGGCUCCGCAGUCGGUCCCAUGGUCGCUGGUGCAGUUGGGACAACACACGACAUUGAAGAGCUGGACGCGGCUCAACCCAGACCUGGAAGCUCGCCUGUCAACGAACCGAAGCCUACGAGUACCUCGGUCGAGGACAUCUGCAUCUCAUCACCGGCCGAAACUACAACUGGAGAGAUUUCUACUGCCAACUUCAGAAAGGAGUACAUUUCGAGGUCGUUCAGUAGCGAGUUUAUGCCGAUGAGGUGGAAGGAAAUGGGCCUGUCACUGGUCCAGCCGCUGCAGCUUCUCAUGGCACCCCAAGUCCUCGUCACCGUGUACAUUUUUGGGCUAACCAUUGGCUGGACCGUCAUUAUCUCCAUUCUCCUCGCCGUCACCUACGCUCAACCUCCUCUGUUGUGGAAUUCACGCUCGAUUGGUCUACUCAACGUCGGUUCUCUUAUCGGUCUUCUCAUUGGUCUCCCCGUUGGCGGUUACCUUGCAGACCUUCUCUUCAUUCGCUCAACAAAGGGACGUACCCGGGAGCCUGAUCCCAGGAGUAGACUGCCAAUGAUGCUUAUCGGAGGACUAGCCAGCCCUCUUGGAUGCAUUAUUCUCGGCCAUGGACUUCAAAACCCUGCUCACUGGAUCGUUGUCUGUGUCGGAUGGAGUCUCCUUGCAUUUGGUUUGACAGGGUCUGCAAACGUCCUGCUUACUUAUUCCGUCAACACUAUGCCUUCGCGAGCAGGAGAUAUCGGUGUCCUUGUAAAUGUCAUGAAGAAUUGCCUGGCCUUUGGUGUAUCCUACUCAGCUAUCAGUUGGAUGAAUGGUAUGGGCCCACUGAAGCAGUUCGCGACUAUGGCUGCUCUUCUUUGGGUUGGUUACCUGCUGGUGAUUCCGGUUUGGGUUUCGAGCAAGUCUAUCAUCCGCAGAAGCGCUGUUUAUACCCGGUAG